AUGAAUUACAGUGCAGAGGCAGGGCAUCAGAGAAAGCCCACGUUCAAAAUCUCCCGUCCCCUUUUUCUCCCUCAGACCCUCCUACACGCCUACAGGGUGAGCUUCUGCGUAACUGACCGCCAGUUCCGAACAGAGUGGCCCCAAAUCUUCCCAAUAUCUCUAGCGGACGCCCAAUCCGGCACGAAGCACCGGCAACGGCGAAGAAACGCUUUUUUUUCUUUGCAUCAUUGACCAAACUCCGUCCGAAUACAAUCCUAGUUCUAUCUCUGUCACUUUAUUCUGAUUCAAAAAAACUCCUUUCAAAAGCUGGUUUACGACAUGUACCAGCAACAGACCAUGGCCAGCCACCCAUUCUUCAGCCACAACAAUCCUUGGGCCCGUUCUGCCAUUUGCUGUGAUCAGCACCACGGCGAAUCGACUUCGGCCGCUAUGGCACGUCUUGCUGGCAACAUUCCCUUUUCUCAUGAUGAAAAUUUACACGACCACCAUCUCGGAUACCACGACUCGUCUGGAUGCACUUCGGAUUGCCCUCUCGACACCUACUGCUGCAGUGGAGAUUACUGCUGCGACAAGCAUGGUUCUUGCUCCAGUGGAGAUGAGUGUUGCGACGACCCACGUUGUGAAGAAGCGCACAGACCGGAUAGUCGUGCCAGUCAUCAAAGCCAUCACAACCGUUCUAAACCCGAGCAAAGCCGUAACCAUAACCACCAGCAGCCUAUGAGUCUGGAAGAAUGGGCUGGAACCCAGGAAGGGUGUAACGCCAUACAACAGCUGAUUGAAUGCUGUAACCAGCCAGACUGCCAUAUACCGGUCUGCCCUACGGACAAUUCUGAAGUCCAUCCACUGCCGGCAGACCCCUUGUCAGCCCUAUUUGCAUCACUAGAUGCACAGCAGCAGCCUCAACCUAUCUCCACUGCCCAGCAGCCUAUGGCGCCGGUAAGCUCCGUUGAGGCUUCUCACACUUGCCACUGGGGUAAUUGCCACCUCGUUUUUGGCUCAAUGCCCGACCUUUUGGCACAUGUGGCGGCAGAUCACCUUAACGCAGCGGGUACGGCGCAUCAGUCCGAUCAACUUCUGCAGCAAGCCCAGUCUGCCCAGUCUGCCCAGUCUACCCCGUUAGCACUGCUUACUGAGCGCGCGCUGUCUAGUAUUAGUACGAAUACGACUGGUUUACAGAGUCAUUUGCCGACUAACUCUUCGCUUCAAGCCACAUCUUUGGCCGUCAAUGACGCCCUGCUAUCUUGCAUGUGGGAUGACUGCUUUCCUGUCCCCGAGGUGCCUGCUGCUUCAUCAACGUCUCACAGCACGUUCCAUCAUUACAACUCUGAUAACUGCCAGGCUCCUCAUAAUCACCAGCACGACCAUUCUUACGCUGCUGGAGAGCCCUUUAACCCUGGGACGAUGCUACGACAUGUUCUGGAAGAGCAUUUGGGUAUUCCCCCUGAUAUCAUUGGCUGGCCGAAUGAGGCUGAGCUUCAAGCUCAAGCACAGGCGAUCCUUGAGAAGCACCAUCAUCAUCACCAUAUCGACCCUCGCGAGGCCUUAGUGAACCACUCUGAGAACUGCAAUCAUGUGCAUCCUCACCCUCACUCUCAUUCUCAUGGGAACAGUGCCGGCACCGGUGCCAAUGACUCACAUCCUCAUGGCCAUGCUCUCGCUCACUCUCAGUUCCAUCCCAAUCUUCAUCCUCAUCCUCAUUCUCUUCCUCAUGAGCGCUCGUAUGCUCAUUCUCAUUCCCUCUCUCAUUCACGUCCUCUCUCGCACGAACCUCUUCCCACGCCCCCCUCCACGGUCAAGACCGAAGCCUGCACCUCCCCUGCCGCUUCCAACGAUUCCGUCGCCAGCACAGUCCUCACUGCAUCCCAAUCCUCUAAAGAUCUGAUCUGUCUCUGGCCCGGGUGCACCAUCCACACUCCUUUUGCUUCCACUGCUUCCCUCAUGGAUCAUCUGUCCGAAAUGCACAUCCCGAAAGGUAAAGAUUGUUAUACAUGCCAUUGGGGUGGGUGCGGUGGUGAAGAAGGGAGGGUGUUUAAGAGUAGGCAAAAGGUGUUGAGGCAUUUGCAGAGUCAUAUAGGACACAAACCGUUCGUUUGUGGGGUGUGUAAUCAGGCUUUCUCGGAAGCGGCGCCUUUGACGGCGCAUAUGAGGAGACAUGCGCAAGAAAAACCUUUCAAGUGCGAACAUCCAGGAUGUGGCAAAUCGUUUGCAAUCUCUUCGUCUUUAACAAUCCACAUGCGCACACAUAACGGUGAAAAGCCAUUUGUCUGCCCGUAUUGUCAGAAGGGGUUUGUAGAAGCGUCCAACUUGACCAAACACAUCCGAACGCAUACGGGCGAACGGCCAUUUGCGUGCUCUCAUCCUGGAUGCGGCAAGAAAUUCUCGCGUCCUGAUCAGCUGAAGAGGCACAUGACUAUUCAUAACAAGCCACCUGGGGAGAAAAGGCGAGGAAGUGGUGUCCCUGCGAAGUAAAAGACUUUUCGUUUCACGGCAAGUGUAAUGAAACUGAAAAAAGCGCUCGAGGUCGGUGCAUAAGCAAAAGCGUGAAACGGUCGAGAAUCGAGACUUUUUGUGCAAUCUGUAUUUGUACCAUGAUGUUGGUGUACGGCACUCCUUGAAAACUACUACGUGAAAAUAGUCUGCAGAGUAUUAUAAAAAAUGGACAACUGCAUCAUUUAACAGCACAUGAUGCUGAAGUGGUAUUUUCGUUGCCGUUUAUUGACUUCCGC